AUGAACAGCAAUUCGAUCUUCGAAAAUCUGAGCGACUUCUCAAAUUCGUACGUGGAUAAAAUUCACAGGAGCAAAGAGGAGGGCGACGCAAAUAUAGCCUUCCUGUGCAGUAGGAAAGAAGCAGUUCUACAUAACAGAAGGGGGAACAUUGAGAAUUUGCUCAUAAACAGUGACUAUAAUUUCGUAGCGCAGUUAGACAUAGUUAAUAAGCACAUCGCUGUGGAGGCCUGCGUGCCAGACGUUUCUCAUCAUGUGAGGGGAACUAAACGGAGUGCCAAAAGGUUUGCUGGUGCAGAUGAGGACCCAGGCCGGCAAAGGGUGCGGCCGAAAAUGGCCUCCAAAGUGCUGCCCCCCGUGGGGCAACCGGCAAGGAAAAAGGCCGAGCAAAAUGGUAGGCAAAGGGUCAAGCAAGGGGUUAAGCAAAGGAGCGGGCAAACAGUGCGAAGGAACUCAGCGCAGGAGGUGCGUCGAGGGGUGCGGAAAAAAACACCCGAAGAGGUAGGUCGAGGGGCACGAAAAAUUACACCCGAAGAGGUAGGUAGAAGGACACGAAAAAAUACACCCGAAGGAGUAGGCGGAGGAGCACGACAUAACACCCCCGAAACGGUGGAACAAGAGAACAUACGUGGCGAGGAAAAGCAUCUCAGCAGCCCCGCCUCUUCCUCGGAUUGGUAUGACAAAAACAUGUACAGCCAUUAUUAUCUACUGAACAAAAGUUGCGCGUACUUAAAGUCAAAAUGCGUUAGGGAUACACUUUUAGAUUCAUAUAGAAUGGAGGUGGAGGAACGGAUCAGUGGGAACCACCAGGCUAACCUUCAUGAUGAAAAUGACGAGAGAGAUGGUCACACGUGCGUCCAGAGCUACCCCUAUGAUAACGCAAAAGUGGUUAAAAAAAGGGCGUUCCAUUUCGCAAUUGAUAAGGAAAAAGCUCCCGAUUUGGAAACACAUAAUGGUAAUAUGAGCUCGGACAUAUUACUAUAUAAUAGCGAAUAUGAUGAUGGCAAAUACCCGCAUAGAAUAGAGACAUAUGAUUCUUUAAAAGGUGAGUGUGAAAAUGGCACCAAUUCUGCGGACCGAACAAAAUACGACGAUGAUGAAUCAUCUCUCGAGAUGCUACACAUUCUGGAGAACGAAAAGGAGAACAACAUCUCGGACAUAAACAAUUUCUCCGUGCGUACACAUUCAUACAGACACAGUGAAGAAACGUAUGCGGAGCAAAAAAAAACAUCAUCGAGUAGCAUGUCUCAAUUGAUGAAAAUAAAAUUUUUAAUAAAUAAAAAAAAAAAUUCAUCCAACGGAAAAAAUGGAAAUUCCCCAUUUUCUGAUUAUAAAAAUAACAACACAUUUGUAAAAAUCCUCAUGGCUGAAAUAAAAAUAGAAACAAAGCUGUACAAGUUAAUUUUAUUUCUGUUCCUUUUGAUACUAUUGUCACUCUUUAAGGAUAUGUCUAAUUACAUAGUUAUUACAAGAAAGUGCUACAAUAUAUAUGAAAAUCCCAUAAAAUCGAUUAAAAGAAUAUUAAAAUAUGCAAUUUGGGGGUUAAAAAUUGGGUAUAAAUUCAGUUCUCCAUUUAUUCUUUAUAUGUUAUCAUUUUUUGGUGUAAUAAUUUUCCGUACUUUUUUACUUCUCAACAUUCCUCUCCUCCUUUUGUUACUUUAUUGUAAAUUUUUUUUGAAAAAUGAGGAGCCCACUGUUAAGCUGUACCUCCUUUUUGUUGUCAACAUGUACAAGUAUAUUGUUUUUCAUUUUGUUCACAUUUUGAAGAAUUAUUCCAAUGGCAUUUGUUUCCGUGAUUUUUUGCCCGUCGUUUGUGUGUCUUUUCAUUUCUUUUUUGUUUCCCUCUAUCGAAUUGUGCGCAAAAUUUACGCUCAUAAAGUUCGCUGA